AUGAAUAGUGAGCCCGCAACUACGAAACCUAAUCCCCCCGAGCGAUCGGAUUCCUCGUCUUCUUCUGUAGAAACCCAGGGGAUUCACAGUCCCGUCCCCAUUCGACCGCGCUUGCCCAACCGUAAGAGCAGCGGCACUCUUAUAGUUCCUCGAGAUUCCUCUCAAGUUGGCCCCCUAGAGCCAGACCUUGAGCCGGACGAUGUCAGGGCGAUGAGCCCGCGGAGAACGAGCGAGGAUAUCGAGGUUAUGGGACGCGAGGCUCGGGAAGAGCUUCAUAAGCAUGCGAGGGCGCUGCAGGAUUCUCUCUUGAUGAUCUUCAAUCGAAUAGAGGCGGUCAAAGAAGAGCACGACAAGCUUGACAGUCAUAACAAGUUUCUGCAGAAAUAUAUUGGCGAUCUAAUGAGCACAAGCAAAAUUACGUCUACCAACCGAGGCAGGAACGACAGCGGCGCCUAUGAUACCCAUACCGAUUUUUGCGACUUUGGAUCGCUACCGACACCGAGAUUCGAACUCACCGGACCUGCCGGAUUAUACUAUACAUUUACUAACCAGAUUCGCUCGGUGGCCGCUCGUUGCUUCUGGACUCUAGUAGUUCUUCUCAGUGAGAGGGUCUGCCCGGCUAAUACGGGGAGACCUCAAUUCUGA